AUGAAUGUCGACUCAUCUUCUACUCGUAAAGAUCAAAGGGCAUCAGAGAAUUCUUUCGUGAUUGUUAACACAGAGAAGCAGUUGUUGGGGUUAAUUUACUCUAAAGGUCUUUUACACGGUGACGUUCUAGAGCUAUAUCAUAAAGUCAGAGCUAGUUAUGAGAAAAUUAUUUUAAGCGAUUCAGACCUUAAGGAGCUUAAGGAGGCUGAGUAUCUUUUGUGGAAGCUGCAUUACGUGCACAUUGAUGAAUUUCGUAAACGGAUACGGCAGAAUACAAAAAGGGAUGCUCAGCAUGACAACGUUAAUUCUCAAGCAAACAUUGAUAGACAUCUGGAAGGAUUUAGGACAUUUUUGUCUGAAGCGAUGGAAUUCUAUAGGAAUUUGAUCAUAAAUCUUAGAACAACUUGUGGGUUCCCGGCAGAAGUUUUCAUGGAUAAUAAGGUUGGAAUUUCACUUUCUAUUGAGCCCACAAAGCUGCAUAAAUGUCAAUAUACGUGCCAUCGCCUUUUGGUUUGUCUCGGGGAUCUUGCGAGAUAUACCGAGAUUUUUAAGAAGCCUGAUGCCUGUAUAUGGUCCGUUGCAGCGUCCUACUACGUAGAAGCAACCAGAACAUGGCCAGAUAGCGGAAAUCCCCAUAAUCAGUUAGCAUUGUUGGCAACAUAUGUUGGUGAUGCUUUUCUUGCUGUGUAUCACUGCACAAGGAGUUUGGCAGUUGAAGAGCCUUUUCCUGAUUCGUGGAACAAUCUUAUGUUGCUCUUUGAAGAGAACAGGAUAUCUCAUUUGCACUUGCUUUCUUCUGAGGUGCAGUUUGACUUCUCAAAUCCAUCAACGAGACUAUCCUUACAGAAUAAAUCACAUGCAGAUAGAGGUUCUGCAAAUCGCAUAAACUUCGAAGACCUGGAGAAUGUUUCUGCUGCAAAAUUCAACUUAUGGCCCAUGUUUAUCCGAAUGAUAAGCUUACUUCUCAUAAGAUCAAGUUUGCAGGAAUUUUCAAGCACUCUUGCUUCUUGGGUGAGCACGUUGGAAGCUUUAUUGGCACUGGAUGAUGCAGAACUAAAUGCUGCUCUUGAGUCUUACCAACAUAUGGAUUGGGCCAGAAAAGGCCCUUAUCGUGCAAUUCAACUUGUUUGCAUACUCAUCUUCACCUUCCAUAGAUUGGCCGAAAACUCGGAAAGAAAGGAGCAAACAGAAAGAGACCAGGAAAAGCUGUCUGCUCAGACACCAUUAGCACUAACUUUUAUGUUCAUUUGCAUGGGUCGCCUUUCUGAGAGAUGUCUGAAAGGUAAUUAUAUGAAAAUUUGCCCACUUUUACCGGCUGUGCUAGUGUUUGUCGAGUGGUUAGUCGGCACUAUCAACCGAGUAGUAGCAUAUGUUGCAGAUGAGAGGGUUAUGAAUGCUGUAUCUUACUUUUUCAGUUCUCUGGCUGAUCUCUUGAAUCGAUUUGAUGAAAAUGAGAGAGCAAUGGUUCCUGAUUAUACUGCUCUUUGGGAAGAUCAUGAGUUGAGGGGGUUUUAUCCGAUAACUCAAGCACAGGCUUUGCUCGACUUCACGACUCGAUCGGAAUGCAUGGAAGAUUUCAAGAAUAAGAAUAUACUGCGUUCUCGACGCAUGCUUCAUUCGGCAAGAAUAAUUGUAAACAGUCUUAAUGGUUCUCCAAACUGGAUCUUUUAUGAUAAAGUGGAAUGCAAAUUUUAUACGGGAGAGACGAGAAAAUUCGACCGAGGAGGAGUGGAAUUAGCAGUAUCCAAUUCUUGUCCAGAAAUUACUGAGCCUUACGAGCAGACGGCUAGAUCCAUAGAGGAAGAGGAAUCUUUAUCAGGCAAAAGUCGAGAUCACCCCAGUUUAAACACCCACACUGCGACUACAGAAGAGGAAGAAGUCAUUCUCUUCAAGCCGAUUACAAGACAUAACUCGGCUCCACUAUAUAUUUCCAAUGCCAAAAAUGAUCAAGUUUCUCAUGAAGGCAAGGAGAUUCACACAACAAUUCCUGAUGAGUUCUUGCGUCGUGCCACAUCACUUUGUAUUGCUCAGAAUCUGCCUGAGAAUGAUUCAUUCAGUUUCUGCCCCAUCACAUCUGAUUCAGAACCCAGCAGGCCAUUCAAACAGCAAGAGCCUCAACUGAAGGACAUGACUGGUCACCCACCCGGGCCUCCCUCCCUGAAUGCUUGGUUCCUUAGUAGAGAAAGUUCGAAUACUGAAGAGAAAGGGCUAAAGGACUUGACUAAGCACAAAUUAAGUCCCAUUGAGGAAAUAGCUUCUAAAUCAUUUUCUAAUAUCUCGAUCGACGAAACUAAGGAUUCUGAGGAUGCCCUGGUGCAGAUUUCAGCAAGUAUCCCGAGUUCUCCUUAUGUUGCCCCAUUGCCUUCUGCCCCAGUAUUACCUGAUGACGAUCUUUGGUUUAGGAGGAAUUUGUCUAAUUUUCCAGAGUUGAAGCCUGCAGGCGGGAACCAGUCAGAUGGUAUUCUAGGCGCAGCACCAACCCUUGGAUUCCCCAGUCACUCUGUAAUUGCUCCACAGAUUGGUUUUCGUCCUGGAGUUCUUGGUCUUGUCGAUGGAUACCCACCACUACUUGGAAUGAGUUCUUCCGAAUGGCUAUAUCACUAUCGAAACAGUCAGAACCCAGAGAGUGCCAAGAAUCUCAUAUCACCAGUCCACUUCGAUGCCCCUGCCUACGGAAGUUUUCACACGAAUGACAUUUCCACAUUCGAACUCUACGACCAGUGGGGAAAUCGUUUUGUUUCCAGUCCCACUGUGUAUUCAGACAACCCUCGACCAUAUCUAAAUCCUUCCCUUGUUUAUGGAGCAGAAGGACAAAGAAGGGACAAACUUUUUCUUGGUUAUCAAAGAUCAUUUCCAUAUGUAUGUGGUGUUGGAAUGGAGUUAAGAACAGAACAGCCACCACUUCUGCAGUAUCUUAAAGAGAGAGAGUGGCAGCUGCAGCCAGAUUCCCAACUAAAAGGUCCAACUUUUAUGGGAUGA